UCUCCCUCAUACAUCCGCGCAGCAAGCUUGUUUGGCUCUCAUCCAGGUCGCCGUCAGAGGGUGCCAAUUUCGCCAUGGACGAUUGUGAGGAGGGUUAGGGUUUGGGUUGCUUCCUUAUCAAUAGCUGAGCAUGCAUUGAUAUCGUUAUCGAGGACACGAACGUUUCUCUUGUAACACAGGCAUCAAGAGAAAUUCACUGAAGGCUUCUCGUUGUAGUCUAGCGUUCGGCCCGCCAUGUCGCAUCCGCAGCGUUCUGUUUUGAUCAUCAAUCCGAACACGACGCAAGCUAUGACCGAAGGAUUGCGGCCGUUAGCAGAGCGACUAGGCUUUCCCACACACUAUGAGUACUUCACGGCGCCUCAUGGUGUCUCCUCGAUCAACAACGAAGACGAUGCCGUGAUCUCCGCCCAGGCGUGCCUUCCAAAUAUAACAGACUUGAUGCAGUACCAUGACGCCCUCUUGGUGUGCUGCUACUCCCAGCACCCUCUCGUAUCGCUACUGCGCGAAGAGAUACGAAAACAACAUCUCGAUCGGCCCUGCGUGACCGGCAUCUUCGAGGCUUCCGUCGCUACCUGCUUGCAGUAUCUGAACGUAGGUGAAAAGUUCGGCAUCGUAAGUACUGGCCAGCAAUGGGAGGCGAUCUUAGGAGAGGCCGUCGCAGAAUUACUUGGCUCAGACAACGGUAAGCGGUUCGCUGGCACGGAAACGACAGGCUUGAACGCCAACGAGUUGCAUGCUGUGGCCAAGUCGGAAUUGGAUCUCCGAAUGAAGGAUGCAACGAAACGUCUUUUGCGUAAAGGAGCGAAGGCGAUCUGUCUUGGCUGCGCGGGAAUGGCUGGGCUGGAUGAAGUGGUCAGGAGUGCUUGUGUGGAAGCGCUAGGUGAGGAGGGGGGAAUGCAGAUUAAGAUUAUCGAUGGGGUAAUCAGUGGGGUUGUGUUCCUAGAAGGCGCAUUGAGAAGCGCGAUGUAGCCGUUACCGAACUACUCACCAUCUACCAUGAUAUAGUUGUAAGAUGUCCGCCGCUAAAGCUGCAAACUCCGAUCACCUUGCACGUGAAUCAACUCGAAGACAUCGCGCUUUAAGAUCGGACUCUCGUUGUUGAUCUUCUUACACCACUCUGUCCCGACC